GGUUUUUGACUAUUGUUAUUGCUUAAUGGUAAUCAUUUCUAAGGUAAUUGCACAUUUUACCCUCUGCAUCUCAAAUAAAUUCCUUAUAAUUAUUGUUGUUCUCUAUCUUCUCCUUAACAGGUGCACUUGACUGAGAGAGAAAGGCAGAAACUGCAGGUGUGGCCUCGAAUUAUGCCUUACAGAGAGUCCUUCGCCUGGGCUAUUGUUCCAUUAUUUGAUAAUAGCAUUGGUGGAGCCUCUGGUGGAUCUGCUUCUCCUAGUAACCGUCUUGCUCCCAGCAUGUCUGGGUCUAGUUCCCAUGAGGGUGUCCUUGAGUCUGUUGCAAAGAUUACAUUAGAUGGGAAGAUGGGUUUAAUGGAGUCAUUACAUGCCAAUAUAAACUGGCUGAAGGUAUGUUCAUGGAGUCAUCCUGUGCCAAUGCCAAUAGGGGAAGAUGAGGACGAGGAUCCUAAACGCAAGGUCCAUAAACCUGUGAAAGGUGUUUUAAGACUGGAAAUUGAGAAGCACCAGACAUCUAAUGCGGAGCCGGAAAAUAUUUCAGAAAGUGCCAGCAUGACCAAUGAAUCUAUGGACCUAGGGGAUCAAGUUACUGAUGCAAUGUUCAUUAAGAGCCCCAACAAUGGUUCUGAUGGGCCUCAGAGUAGCAAUUCCAAUUGCUUAUUUGCAUGGCUGAUAGGAAACAACCAGGGAAUUUUUCUUGUGUUCUGUAAAUAUGGUUUGCCUAUUUCUUGAUUCAAUUUUGAAUGGAUAAAUGCCUCAAUUGGCUUGGUGCAAAUUUAUCUAUCUAGCAUUGUAAUGCUGGCUAUAACCUUAGCACCGUGACAUAUAUCAAGCCCAUAGACCAGAGAUGAGUAAUUGAGGUGAGAGGUUUACAACAUGCAUCAUGGAAGCUGUUUGAGUUUUCUAAAUCAAUGUUAUUCUCGAUU